AUCGAGACAUAUAUACGUAUCUCCUCUGGUAUAUGGUACUCGUAGGCUUGCAUUAUACAGUGUUAUCAAUACGUCUGUGUUAGUGGUCCAUAGUGUUACUUUUGGGUACUAAGAAUGGGUUGCGUCAAACUUAAGAAUAUCUUUGGUGAGCCAUGGAAACAAUCUUAUCGUGACUUAAAAAUCAGUGCUAGACCUACUCAAUCAUGCGGUUUAGCUGCAAGUUCACAACACAUUGCUUUUCCGUGGGAUGUAGGGAGUGGAGGUGUUGUUGCAUUAAUCGACAUUAAUAAUUUUGGUCGGAACCCUCCUAUAAUAAAAUUAUCAGGUCACGGUGGUUCUAUUCAGGAUCUUGUAUUUAAUGAGUUCGAUCAGAAUAUCAUAGCAUCGGCCUCAGAUGAUUGCACGGUAAGAAUCUGGGAUGUUAACAAUGAUGGUAACCUUGAUAUCAACAAGGCGAAAUCUACCCUCACAAGCCAUUCCAUGAAAGUUACAAAUCUAUCCUGGAACCCAGUUGUAGAUUAUGUCUUAUUAUCCGGCAGUUUCGAUUGCUCAGCCAAAGUUUGGGACGCAUCGGUAGAAAGGGAAAUGUUUUCUGUUCCCGUAAACGACCCAGUGUCUUACGUAACAUGGAAACCAGAUGGGAAUCUCAUUCUUGUAUCCACUAAAGAGGCUAAUUUGUCACUGGUAGAUCCUAGGUCUGGAAUUAAAAGUUUGGGAUUUAAGGCGCAUGAUUCAAGUAAGCUGACGCAUGGUAUUUGGUUGGGAGGACCAUAUGGAAACGAUCAUAUUCUUACCACUGGGUUUGUCAACAAUAAAACAAGACAAAUAAGGGUCUGGGAUAGUCGUAACACUGAAAAGUUUUUACUUUCUAAGGACAUUGACAGCUCUUCUUCCCCUCUAUUUCCACACUGGGAUGAGCAAACUGGAAUAAUUUCUCUAGCGGCUAAGGGAGAUCUAACUGUACGUUUGUUCCAGUACUUCGAGAACGAAUUGAAUAAAGCGGGAGAAUUCAAAACAUCCGGAUCUAUAAAAUCCUUUUGUUUAAUACCAAACAGUAUAUGUGACAAAACAAAAUGUGAGUUAGGAAGGUUUUUAACUAAUGAAAACUGUGCCCAAAUCAAUGCUACCUCUAUGUUCGUAAUAAGGCGUAACAAUCAUGCGUCUAUGAUCGAGUUAUAUGGUGAAUCAAACGCAAGUAGAAGAAGAACAACAGUGAGUGAUUGGUCAAACGGUUCACUGGCAAAGGAUAUCAGUUCGUUGCAGUUGACUAAUACAAAAAGUGGAUCAAUAAACAGAUCAGAUGCAGCUAAUAAGUUUAGGGACAUAUCAAGUAUAAUCACGGAGUGCAACAAUAAGUAUGCGGAAAAUUUUAAUGACAGUGGCAUGAUUCCCCUAUUAGAAAAGAUACAGGCGAAUAUAUCAGAAUUGAUUAGCCUGAUCAGGCGGUAAUAUUCUAAGUUAU